AUGGAGGAGAUCAAGGUGGAGAACGUGGGGAACGAGUGUAGGGUGAGGGGUGAGGGUCUUCGUAAGGCGUUGGACAAGGUUAACGCUCAUGCUUCCGACAUACUUGUCUUUAAUGUUCAGUGGAAAGACUUGAAUGAGUAUGUGGAAUCAGUCCAAGGCAAAUUAGAGGAGAGGUUCAGGGAGUUAGAAAGGUCAAAAUUAGAGGAGAGGUCCAAGGAGGUUGAGUUGAAAGGUCAAAAUUUUGGACUUGAAGAGAGGGUUAAAGUGGUUGAAGAAGCUGAAGCUAAGGUUGCUGAUUUGGAGAUGAAAUCUGAUGGGGUUCGGAUGGAUGUUGAAGCAAUGAAGAAAGAGCUUAGCUUUCUCACGGAACAGGUGGAGGUUUCUCUAGGCAAGUCUAAUGCAGAGGAAGCGAGACUGUCUCGGCUUAGGCAAUUGGUGGAAGAGUGUGAGGAAGAGAGAACGUUGAAGGAGAGUCAGCUUAAUGAGAUGGUGGAAUCUUGGAGAAAGACUCAUGUUGAGCUUGGUUUGAAAGGUGAAGAGCUAGCAAAGAUGGAGACUGAUCUUGAGAAAUGCCGUGAUGAUGUUAGCGCAGAGAUGGAGGUUUUGAGUAGAACUCAAACUCACAGGAGAGAGUUGGAUGAGGAAGUUGAGAGGAAGACAAAAGAUCUCACAUUGGUUCAGAAAAAGCUUGCGGAAUGUGAGAAGCUGUUUGAAACAAGCACCUCAGAGCUGGUUAAGACUCAGGGUGAGCUUGAAUGUAAGCGAGAAGAUUUAGGACAGAUGGAAGCUGAUUUUCAGAGGCAUCGCGUUAAGGUCAUCACAGAGAAGGAUGAUUGGGAAAGGACUCAAACUCACAGUAGAGAAUUGGAAGAGGAGAUAGAGAGAAAGAGGAAGGAUCUUACAAUGGUUCUUGAUAAAAUUGAGGAAUGUGAGAGGCAUCUAGAAUCGGUGGAAGAGCAAUUAGAUUCCCAGCGGAAGCUGCGUGAGACACAGUCAUCUGAGCUUGUCUCUAAAGAGAAGGAGUUGCAAGCACUUAGUCUGGACAUUGACUUGAGGGAACAGACUGUCAUAUCCCUAAAUAAUGACAUGGAAUCAAAAGCCAAGGAGUUGGAGAACGUUCAAAAGCUAAUUGAGGAAAGGAGUGCACAUUGUGAGUCAUUCAAGUUGUUGAUUGAGGAACACAGUGAAGAACUUGUUUCUAAGGAGAAGCGAUAUGAUGAGAUAACGGAUGAUAUUCGUAAGUUAUCCUUGGAGAUUGUCUUUCAAGAGAAGACAUUGGGAAGAGCUCAAGCUUUUAUUAAAAAGCUCUCGGAGAAACAAGAUUCAGCAGAGAACAAAGUGGAUUGGACAGAGAAAAAGCUGAAUUCGACGAGAAGACAUCUAGAAAGAUGCAUUGCUAAGCAUAAGUCAAAGAAAAAAGAGCUUCGCUCUGUGAAGGAUAGAUACAGAGAUUGCCUCGAAGAUCUGGAUAUCAAAGAGAAGGAGUUGAAGUCUGUAGAAUCAAUACUCACUGAGAGAAAUAAACAAGUUGAGGAAGGAGAAAAGAUGAUGCAAGAUUUGAAUAGCUCCAUUGAGGAACUUAUGGGACAGCUCAAGUUGAAACAAGAAGAGGUUUGUUCAAUCAACAAGACCAUCACGGAGUGCUCAGGUGAGUUGAAGGCUAAGAUGAAACAACGUGAUCAGGUUCAGAGCUCACUUACUGAUCUUAUUGCUGAGCUCAGUUCUGUCAAGAAAAAGAUUCAAGACAGCUUGAAAGAGUUGCAAUCUAAAGAGGUGGAGUUGAAAGAUAAAAGCUUUGCACUUGAGGAAAGAGCUAAAAAGGUUGAAGAAGCAGAAGCCCGGCUUGUUGAUUUAGAGAGGAAGUCUGAUGGGUUUCAGAUGAAAGUUGAAGCAAAGAGGAAAGAACUAAACUUUAUCAAGAACCAGGUUGAGGUUUCUCUAGCCGAGUCCAAUGCAGAGGAAGUGAGACUAUCUGAGCUUAGGAGAUUGGUGGAAGAGUGUGCGGCAUAG